GUCCGGUGUUGCUGUUGGCGGGCAGAACGGGCUCGGUGCGGGAUCUGAGCGACGCGGCUCUCGGGCUUUUGUGUGCGUUCGAGCGGCGAAGCAGAGCUCCAUCCCCCGCUGUUCGUGUCCCCCGCGGCCGUCGGCGUGUCCCCGGUGUCCCCCUCGUCUCAGCCGAGCCUGAAGCGGAGCGUUUCCCGUCGGGCCCAGCCAGCCUCCUGCCGCUUUGUAAAGGUCCUCUAGGGAGCGCCCUCGCACGUCAAGAUGGCGACCUUAGCAGUGAAGAAGGGGAAGAAGAGCGAGGAGGAGGAGCAGCCGGCCGCAGCUCCAGAGGCAGCCGCUGCACCGGCGGGAGACGCGCCAGCAGGAGGCGCCGCCGCUCCUCCAGCUGCAGCGGAGGAGGAGGAAGAGGAGGAGUACGUCGUGGAGAAGGUGCUGGACCGCCGGGUGGUGAAGGGGAAGGCGGAGUUCCUGCUCAAGUGGAAGGGCUUCUCAGAUGAGGACAACACCUGGGAGCCGGAGGAGAACCUGGACUGUCCCGACCUGAUAGCAGAGUACAUGUCCAAGCACAAAGAGAAGGAGGACAAGAAGAAGGACAGCAAGAGGAAAGGAGGCAGCGAGGCCACGGCCGACUCUGAGGAGCGAGGGAGCAAGAGGAAGAAGGACGAGGGGGAGAAGGCCCGUGGUUUCGGUCGAGGUCUGCAGCCAGAGAGGAUCAUCGGAGCGACGGACUCCAGUGGAGAGCUCAUGUUCCUCAUGAAAUGGAAGAACUCCGACGAGGCUGAUCUGGUGCCGGCCAAGGAGGCCAACGUCAAGUGUCCCCAGGUGGUGAUCUCCUUCUACGAGGAGCGCCUCACAUGGCACUCCUACCCCACGGAGGAGGAGGAGAAGAAGGAGGAAGACAAGAAGGACUGAAGACCUGGGGAGGGGAGGGGGGCCGGGGCAGGAACACCACCCGCUUCCUGAACCGCGCUCCUGCCUGUAUCUUGACUGACAGUGUAAAUUCUUUUGCAGAGGUAUCUCGAUAUGUAGUCUCCACUUUUCUAAUCCUCCAACCAGAAGGCGGUGUUCCAUGGAAUUGGUGCCUUUGUUUUUUUAGCAUUCCCCCUGAGAACCCAACCACUAGCAUGGGAAGGCAGCUCCAUAGCAGCAGUGUUGAAUGUCUGACAGCCCCCCUGACUGACCCUGUUCAGGAGGUCUCUCAGGACCCGUUCUGUCCCGGCCCAGUCCUCGUAGACGACCCUCACUCGCCCCUCAGCCCAGAGGUCUGGCUGGCUCUCAGUUCACUUCAGUCGGAGAAACAGAUCAUCAGACCAUCUGGUGUGAGCAGGUACGACCCCCCUUUUAGACCCCCUCAGACCCAGGCCCGGACCCAGGCCCGGGGCCGUCCUCACUGCGUCAAAUGAGACAGUGAAGACCGCCUCACCACUGCAGUGUGUUGGACACAGCUGCUUUUAAACUGUCCUGAGGGGACGAUGGAGAGUGUACACACACACACACACACACACACACACACACACAGUCACAAGUGUUUUGUAGCUGUUGGUUUAUGGCACUGCCCGGGCCACGCUGAGGACAGCAGUGUGUUGGAGGCGUCCUGCCGUCUUGUUUUGCUGUGAUCAGUGUUGGAAUGUCUCCGGCGGAGUGAGCCUCUCCUGUACGAUACCCAGCAUCCUCCUGUUGGCACACCUGGAGCGCUGCCGUCUGCAGGGCCACGUGGCUCCGCCUGGCCCCGGGGCUCGGUCCCGGUCCCUGGCCCCUGGUCCCUGGGGCCCGGUCCCGGUCCCUGGACCCGGUGGCAGCUCCCAGGUGGGCCCUUUAGCUUCUCUCUGUAUGUAGUGGUGCAGUCGGUGCUGUCCCUGUUGCAUGUUUAUCGUUUCUCCUGCCAUGUUAUCUGUUCACAGCUCAUCGACUUUAACUGUUUCGGCCAAUAAAGGUUUUGUUUCAUAA